AUGGACGCAACCUCCGAUCGGUUCACUGAGCAACUUCACACGCUCUACGACCCCGUCCCGAGACACUCCCACGGCAGCAGCAAUCUCCUCGAGGAACCUAGUCUCCGCUCUGGAGCAGCCAAUGCCGCCCUUGACACCGCGCCGUCACUGGUCGCACUCGCUAUUGCAGCAUUACACCGCGCUGGACCUCAUUAUGCCCGCCGCACUGAUGCGUUUUGGUGCUUCUGCGCAGGCUCCUGGAGCGGAUACCGUUACGAUGAAGCAGUAAAGGCUGCGUCGACGCUGCUCUCGAAGCAGCUGAGUGUGGCGAAUGACGUCCUGUUUGCGGCAGACCGGUUGCUUGAAGCCAUCUCGUUGUUGAAGAGGGAAGGCGACACGAGAGACGCGGAGGAUUUGAUGAACGCAUUGGAGCUGUUUCACGUGGGGGUUUGUGCGUAA